AUGCGUCUCCUCAUCUUUUCCCUUCUAUUUAUCAUUGGUAUGGCAACCUGUGUCAUCUCCUCCGAACAAGAAGGAGAAUCUGGACACGGAUUGGGUCCAGUCAACGACUACCUCUCCAAGAGAGCCUUCAUGGACGAGCCCGGAGAGAUUCGUCCGCUUGGUGUCACUGGAAACCCAAAGUUUGUGAAGCAGACAGAAGGAUAA